AUGAGUAAGAAGCCUAAUACGGAUUAUGUCGCUAAAGGGUUAGCGAGCUGCGAUGGAGAAAUCUAUUUUUCGAAUAAGAUCAAUCCCGCUACAAAUACCAGGGCCAUCGAAUGUGGAGUUGGUGUCAACAGCAAGACUUCUGCACCACCAACUGGCACAUGGGUCAGUAUUGAUAGUGAUGAUGACGAUAGCGAUGUUACUGAAAAUUUUGUCGAUCCACUUUCAUAUUACGUAUUUGGUAAGACGAAGCCAGCAGUAUUAGAGAGUGAAUCAGUUUCUGGAAGCAAUAAUGUUGGUCCUUCAGAAACAGCAAAUCCUCAACAAGCAGAAAGUAAUCGACACAGGGAGUUUUCGACAACAUAG